AUGCACAAGACGAAGGAAAAAUUCGAGGUGGAUUACUCGUCGUUUAAGACGGAAGUCUCGAAGAGGAGGAGAUCGGCCACCACCAGAGAACUGACGAAAAUAGCGUAUUCCGCGCCGAAAAACGUGGUCUCGCUGGCAGAGGGUAUGCCAAACGAGGAGACCUUCCCUUUCACAGAAAUCUCCAUCAAACUUAAAGACGGAUCGUCUUUCACCCUCGAGGAGCGAGAAUUGGGCGCAGCUUUGCAGUAUAUUCCCACUCAGGGCUACCCGCCACUUCUGCAGAGCCUGAGGGAGUUCCAGAGAAGGGCGCACGCACCUCCCUUGUUGGAGAGCCGCGACAUCGUGAUCGUCUCCGGAUCUCAGGACGGAUUAAGCAAAACUCUCGAGGCCAUAAUCGGCCCAGGCGAUCCUCUACUCGUGCACGAUCCUUUUUAUCCCGGCGUGGAAGUUGUGGUCGCGCCGCACAAGGCGGAGCUGAUCCCGAUCCCUCAGGAUGAGCACGGUUUGGUCCCAGAAAUUCUCCGGGAGACGUUGAGGAACAGGGAGCUGUCUGGGAAGAAAAUGCCGAAAAUCAUGUACAUAAACGCGACCGGAACGAAUCCCACAGGCGUCGUUAUACCGUUGGAAAGGCGGAAGGAGAUCUACAGGAUAGCCUGUGAAUACAACUUCUUGAUCCUCGACGACGAUCCUUACCACUUCCUGCACUUCAACGAGGUGGAACCGAAGUCGUUCUUAUCGCUCGACACGGAAGGAAGAGUGAUCAGGUUGGACUCUUUCUCCAAAGUGAUCAGCAGCGGUCUCAGAUUAGGCUUCAUCACGGCUGCGGCUCCGCUGAUAGCCAGCAUCGAGCUACAUUUGCAAAGCAGCCACCUUCACGCCCCUACGUUAUCACAGGUGAUAAUGUACAAGCUGUUGAAACUAUGGGGAUACGACGGUCUGAUGAAGCAUUUCAUGAGGAUAAGGUGUUUCUAUAAGCAACGCAGGGACGCUAUCGCUGUGCUCGCUGAAAAACACUUGAGCGGUUUGGCAGACUUCACGGUGCCAAGUGGAGGUUUAUUCCUCUGGAUCAAAGUACGUGGUAUUAAAGACACUUGGAAGAUGAUAAUGCAACGGGGAGUCGCUGAAGGUGUUAUAAUGGCACCUGGUGCAGCUUUCAUGAGAGAUACCGGCAAACCGUGCAACGCUAUUAGAGCGAGUUUUGCUAAAGCUUCAUACGAAGAAAUGGAUCUGGCAAUGGAAAGAUUGGCAGACCUAAUCAGGUCCGAAUUACGAAACAAUUACACAAUAAUGAAUGAAAAUUCUUACAUAAAUUAGUAUAUAUUUACUGUAGAAUUAGCGAUAUUGCCAACAUCGUGUAAUCAAAAUUCCUGUAUUCACGGAACCACAUAUGUUGCAGUAUCGGGUGUUGAUAUAGAAGAAAUCGUUGUACCUAGUGACGAGAACUUGUCGAUUAUUACUAAAGUAGAAAAAUGACUAUUGAUCAUACGAGAGUUCUUCGAAAAUUGCUCUCUUCCUAACUGCUAGAGGACCGUAAGAUCUAAGUUUUUGUGUGUUUUAAUAUUUAUAACUGGGUAUUAAUUUUUGUAUACUAUCAAGCAUCGUUUCAUGCAACCUGCGAUCAUUCCAUCUUCUUCGACGAUCAUCAAUAUCAUUCUCAUCGCAAACAUUUCUUUAAUCAUUCCCAAACAAUUUGUAUAAAUUUUGUACACAAUUAGUCGCUGUAAAAAUUCGUAGAUGUAAACUCUAGCGCGUGUAUUUAUCGCGAAUCG